AUGCCGCCGCCCCAAAUCCCUUCCUCGGCUAGCUGCCCCACAGGCAAAGCUCACCGCGCCACCGCCAAGGUCACUAGCAACAUCGCGCCCGAUCUGGACGUGCUCAUCGUCAAGGCCACCAGCCACGACGACGAACCGGCCGGGGAGCGCCACAUCCGCAAGAUCCUCCACCUUACGUCCGGAUCCCACGCCCACGUUGCUGCUGCCGUGGUAGGGUGCUCCCGCAGGCUCUCCCGGACCCGCGACUAUGUGGUCGCGCUCAAGUCGCUCAUGCUCGUGCACCGCCUCCUUGUCGAUGGUGACUCGUCCUUCCACCGCGAGCUCCUCCAUGGCACACGGCGGGGUACCCGCCUGCUGAACCUCUCCGAUUUUUGGGACGAGGCGCACUCUGGAUCGUGGGAUCACUCUGCCUUUGUGCGCACCUAUGCGCUCUACCUUGACCAGCGCCUCGAGUUCUUCCUCCAUGAGCGCAAGCAGGGGUUCCUUGACAGGUUCCUUCAAAGCAGGUUGGUGCUGGUUGCGCUGUAUCAGAUUGUGAGAGAAAGCUUCCAGCUCUACUCUGAUAUCUGCGAGGUGCUGGCGGUGCUGCUGGACAGGUUCUUUGACAUGGAGUAUGCGGAGUGCGUGAAGGCUUUUGAGGCAUAUGCUAGUGCUGCAAAGCAGAUUGAUGAGCUCUCUGCAUUCUAUGCAUGGUGCAAAGAUAGUGGAGUUGCAAGGUCAUCUGAGUACCCAGAGGUGCAGCAUGUCACUGAUAAGUUGCUGGAGACGCUAGAAAAGUUCAUGAGGGACCGGGCAAAGAGGCCUAAGAGCCCACCACGGGAGCCUGAACCUGAGCCUGUUAAGGAAGAACCUGAGCCGGAUAUGAACAGCAUCAAGGCGCUUCCAGCACCAGAAGAUUAUAAGGAGCCUGAACCUAUGAAGGUGGAGGAAGAGGUGAAGCCAGAGCCACCCCCACAACCACAGGGUGACUUGGUGGAUCUUAGAGAACAUACUGUUAGUGCAGAUGAGCAAGGUAAUAGGCUUGCUCUAGCACUCUUCCAAGGGCCACCCGCUGCUAGUGGAAACAAUGGUUCAUGGGAGGCUUUCCCUUCAAAUGGUGGCAACGAGGUGACUUCGGCAUGGCAGAAUCCUGCAGCUGAACCUGGGAAGGCUGAUUGGGAGCUUGCCCUCGUAGAGACAGCAAGCAACUUGUCCAUGCAGAAGCCAGCAAUGUCAGGUGGUAUGGACCCGCUGCUGCUUAAGAUGCAUUUCAUUAUGUAUAGUGCUCAGAUGGGAUCUCAAAUGGGACCCCAGUUCACCCGUCCGUCACAAUCUGGACAGACCCCAAACACUAAUGAAACACAGGGUUCUGAGACCGGACAAGGAAACCCACAGAUGGACAUACAGUGGUCGAUGCCCCCUAGAGGACAGAUUCUUCCUCCACAACCAGUUUCCUGUAGUGAGAGGUUGCUCUCCAUGGACGACGGCGGCUCGCUGCGGCUGCUGUUCUGUGGGGAAGAGGGGAGGAGCAGGGGCCUAGGCGGCAUUGCUCCUGCUGCUGUCCAUGGAAAAAAAUAG